AUGGAGUUUGUGAAUGAAAUAGAGACAAAUGUGUUAGAGCAAGAGUAUAACCAUGGAAAAGAACUUAUGGGAAGAAAGAGAGGAAAAGAAUAUUACACCCACUACACGAAUGAAGUCGAAAUGCUUUAUGCAGACUGAGGCAAGCUGUUCCAGUCACCUAAGUUCAAGAAGAUUAAGAGAUUAAUUGUAUAUGAUGAAGAAACAUUGAGAACAUUGAAAAGUUCCUGAGAAACUAAGAAAAUACAGAAAGCAUGCAAGAAAAUUCAAAGGGUGAAUGUAAGCAAAAUAAAGAAGAUGAAACUGUUUGUUGUUGGAAUUAAUGAUUUUGGAGAGUUUAAUAGAACAAGUCUUCAUUCUCUGCUGAGAUAUGCUCCUAAAGUAUCAGGUUUUCUAGAGUUUUCUAAUUUUUCAUUCUCCAAACACCACAUGCAAUACCUUCUCAACUCUAUCACUACUCUCAACUCCAUUCGUUUCAUCUCCUGAAAACUCAACACAACAGGCAUCAAACUCAACCCCACCAGAUCCAUUUCCAUCACCCAAAUAGACCUCAGAAGCUGUAUCUCAGCCAAAACUUGCUCCAGAACUUUCCCUAUUGAUCUCCGUUCUCUUCUCAUCUGAAUUUCCAAAUCCUCGCUUACAGACUCGGUGAGAACCAUCUUCAUGAAGAGCUGUGGGAUUUCAAUGAAAGUACUAGAGACUCUAUCAAUAGAAUAUUGUAAGGGCAAAACUACUAUUUACUGCUAUGAUAAGCACUUAGGAGAUUAUCGAGAUAUGCCCAAGACUAACCUCAAAUGUACAUUGUUUUAG